CCGGAAGAUGGCGGCGGGGCGGGCGGGCGGCGCGGGGUAGCGCCCAGCGGCCGCCGCUGCCCGCCAUGGCGGACCUGGGCCGGCAGCUGCAGGACUACCUGGCGCAGUCAAAGGCCGCUGUCGCCGGCGGCUCCAGCGCGGCCCCCGCCCCGCCGCCCGCCGGCCGAGCGCAGGAGGAGGCGGGGAGCGGCGGCCUGAGGGCCUGGCUGGGCUCCCUGAGCCGCUUCCCGCUGAACCGCGGCCCAUCCCCCGCGGCGGCGGCUGCACCCGGGACGGGGCCGGGCGCGGGCUGGCUGUGGGCGGCCGAGGCGGACCCCUGCCUGCCGGGUCUGUCGCGCUGGCAGCGGCUGGUGGGGAGCGGGCUGUGCCUGCUGCUGGCCGCCCUCUGCUUCGGGCUGGCCGCGCUGUACGCGCCGCUGCUGCUGCUCCGCGCCCGCAAGUUCGCGCUGCUCUGGUCCCUGGGCUCGCUCUGCGCCCUGGGCGCCGCCGCCCUGCUGCGGGGCCCCGCCCGCCUGCUGCGGGAGCCCGGGCGCGGCACCCUCCUGUACCUGGGCGCCCUGGCCGGGACGCUGUACGCGGCGCUGGGGCUGCGCAGCCCCGGCCUGGCCGGCCUGGGCGCAGCCGCGCAGCUGGGCGCCGUGGCCGCCGCGCUGCUGUCCGCCGUGCCCGGGGGCGCCGCCGGCCUGCGCCGCCUCGCCGGCCUCUUGGGGGCCGUGCUGCGUCGCCGCGACAAGGCCUUGCCGGUGUGAACGCUGCGCCAGCCCGGGCUCGCCGCCGCGGGGGCACUGGCGGGCAGGACUGAGGGCCUGGGGCUGGCGAGGCGCGGCCUCGAAGACGCCUCUGCGAGACGGGGAUGCCGCUUCUCUGCACCGCCGUCGUCCUGCUGGCCUUUCCUCGCCGGUUCCCGAGCAAGAGGAGCAGCGGUUGCCUCCGGGAGCGGCAGCAGUGACUCUGGACUCAUUCGGCCGCGUCCCUUACGGCGGUAGCGGUGCCCGCCGAGCCCGCCCCGAGCUCGGGAUCUUACCCUAUUCCAAGUCAGCUCGAUAUCCCGGGCCUGGAGUCGCUGGGCUCCGGGCGGAGCUGGCAGCACCCCACUUCCCUACCUGCAGUAUAGGACCAUGUGGCUGCUGCAGCCUACUUCAAAACGUCUCCAUUCCUUUUCCUGAUUCCCCCUUCCGAGUGGGGCUGGGUGAUGGAACAGCUUCUUGAAUCAUAGAGUAGAAUCACAGAAUAUGCUGAGUUGGAAGGGACCCAUCAGGAUCAUCAAGUCCAACUCCUGUCCCUGUGUGGGGCACCCCAAGAAUCACACCACAUGCCUGAGAGCAUCAUCCAAACCCUUCUUGAACUCAGGCAGGCUUGGUGCUGGGACCACUUCCCUGGGGAUCUUGUUCCAGUGCUCAAUCACCCUCUGGGUGAAAAACCUCUUCCUGAUAUCUAACUCAAACCUCCCCUGAUUCAGCUUCCUGCCAUUUCCACUGAAUCCUGCCAUUGGUCACAGGAGUGAAGAGCUCAGGACCUGCUCCAUCUCUUCCCCUUCUGAGGAAGCCAACAGCUGCCUAAACUGUGACCAAUAUUAACAAAUAACUAUUCUGAAAACUGGAGAAAAAAAGCUCUUAUUUAGUUUUCCAACUGGAGUAAUGGAGAGCCAAGAACUAACUGCUCUUGAACAGGACAAUAAAGAACUAUAUGAUGCUGGAGAGAAGAUUUGGAUUUGAUGUCCCAGAAAAUCCCUCUGUUAUGUUCCUAUAAGAUUGGUCUUGAGUUGCACAGAUGGUAAGAUCAAAUAUUGAUCAGUUCAGUUGAUGAGGAUUUCUGGAUAAGCCUGCUGUUGGAAAACAUGCUGCUGUUACCAAAAGUUUUCAAUACAAGGGGCUUUUUACCUUUGCC